UGUACAGGGCGGUAAGAGAGAUAAAGUGGGCAAACUGUGAAGAGAGAGGAUGGCUAUUACAAGGAGACCUGGUAAGGGCAAACAACAGCCUCCAAAGAGGAACAAUGGUAUCCAGAAGGCUACGUUUGAGGCGCACAAGAAGCGUGAGGUUGGUGUUUCUGAUUUGACGUUGUUGACGAAGAUCACGGACGAGGCGAUCAACGAGAACCUGAAGAAGAGGUUUGAGAACGGGACCAUCUACACGUAUAUCGGCCAUGUGCUGAUCUCCGUGAACCCGUUCCGUGACUUGGGGAUCUACACGGAGGAUGUGCUGAAGUCCUACGAGGGAAAGAAUAGACUAGAGGUUCCACCGCAUGUGUUUGCUGUGGCGGAAUCCAUGGUUUACAACAUGAAGGCUUAUAACGAAUCGCAGUGUGUCAUUAUCUCUGGUGAGUCUGGUGCCGGUAAGACGGAGGCUGCUAAGAGAAUUAUGCAAUACAUUGCUGCUGCCACAGCAACGUCGGUCUCGAGCAAAUCCAUCACUGAGAUCAGAGACAUUGUUCUGGCAACCAACCCCUUGUUGGAGUCGUUCGGGUGUGCAAAGACUUUGAGAAACAACAACAGUUCGAGACACGGUAAGUACUUAGAGAUCAACUUCAGCGAACAAUACGAACCCGUCAGUGGUAAGAUUACAAAUUAUUUGUUGGAGAAGCAAAGGGUUGUCGGACAGAACAAGGGUGAGAGAAAUUUCCACAUCUUUUACCAAUUCACUAAAGCGGCACCUGAAAGUUACAGACAAACCUUUGGUGUCCAAGGGCCAGAACAGUACUUGUACACAAGCGGUACAACUUCUGUUGAAGGUAUCGAUGAUGCCAAAGAUUUCCAAGAGACCUUGAAGGCUAUGCAGAUCAUUGGAAUCGAUCAAGAGCAACAGGAUCAGAUCUUUAGAAUCUUGGCUGCGAUCUUGUGGAUCGGUAACAUCACCUUUGUCGAAGACGAACAGGGUAACUCAACAGUUAGAGAUUCAUCAGUGACAAAGUUCGUCGCUUAUCUUAUCUCUGUGGAUGAACAAACCUUGAUCAAUUCAUUGAUCACAAGGGUUAUGACUACGAUGAAUGAAACUUAUGAUAUUCCAUUGAACCCUACACAAGCCACUGCUGUCAAGCAUGCACUUGCAGCAGCGAUGUAUUCGGUGUUGUUUGACCAUAUUAUUGUGAUCUUGAACAAGGUGUUGGAUAAAGGUAACAAGUACAAAUCCAUUGGUAUUUUGGAUAUCUAUGGGUUUGAAAUCUUUGAGCACAAUUCCUUUGAACAGUUGUGUAUUAACUAUGUCAAUGAGAAAUUACAACAGAUCUUUAUCCAAUUGACUUUAAAAUCGGAACAGGAUGAGUAUGUUCGUGAACAGAUUCAAUGGACUCCAAUUCAAUUCUUCAACAAUAAAAUUGUUGUUGAUCUGAUCGAGGCAAAGAGACCUCCUGGUGUUAUGGCUGCACUUAACGAUGCCUGUGCUACUGCCCACGCUAAGAGUGACGAAAGUGAUGCUUCCUUUGCCCAACGUUUGAACUUGAUGACCUCAAAUCAACAUUUUGAAUUGAGACAGGCAAAAUUCGUCAUCAAGCAUUAUGCUGGUGAUGUCACCUAUGAUAUCCAGCAUAUGACCGAUAAAAACAAGGAUCAAUUGCAAAAGGACCUCAUGGAGAUGUUAGCAACUUCCCAAAACUCCUUUAUUCAUACACUGUUCCCCAAACCAGUUGACCAUGGAUCAAGAAGAAGACCUCCAACUGCAAGUGAUAAGAUUAUCAAAUCUGCCAAUGAGUUGGUUGAAACUCUUUCCCUGUCAAAACCUUCCUACAUCAGAACUAUCAAACCAAAUGAACAUAGAUCGGCCUCGGAGUUUGACGACAGACAAGUUUUGCACCAGAUCAAAUAUCUUGGAUUGAAAGAAAACGUUAGAAUCAGAAGAGCAGGUUUUGCAUAUCGUCAAACUUUUGAGAAGUUUGUGGAGAGAUUUUAUUUGUUGUCUCGAAAGUGUUCUUAUGCCGGUGAGUUCACAUGGUCUGGUGACAUUAAAGAUGCAGUGCUCCACAUCUUGCAAGAUUCUGCCAUUCCAGCAACGGAGUAUCAAAUGGGUACAACAAAGGUAUUCAUUAAGACACCAGAGACGUUGUUUGGAUUGGAAAGUCUAAGAGAUAGAUAUUGGCAUAACAUGGCUGCUAUAAUCCAGAGAGCCAUUAGAAGAUACAUGAAGAAAAAAGUAGAUGCUGCAAUUAUAAUCCAGAGAAUCUGGAGAGAAAGAACUGGCGGCAAUGACUACGAGAAAUUCCGUGACUAUGGUACAAGGCUUCUGGGCUCAAGAAAGCAACGUCGUAAAUUCUCCCUUUUGGGUUACAGACAAUUCACUGGUGAUUAUUUGAAUGCCAAUGAACGUAAAUCGAAGGGAGCCUUCAUUAAAAACCAAGUUGGAAUUAAAGACAAGGUCAUUUUUUCAAGUGGUUGUGAAGUGUUACAUUCCAAAUUCGGAAGAUCCGCCCAAAGGCUUCCAAGACAUGUGUUUGUUACCAGUUCCACUGUUUACAUAGUUGCCCAUCAGGUUGUUGAUAGAAAGGCCACAUACACUAUGGAGAUGAGUGUUCCAAUCAACAACAUCAAUUACCUUGGAUUAUCGAACCUACAGGACGAUUGGGUUGCAAUUUCCCAAAAGACUCAAGCUGUUGAUCCAUUUAUUUGUCUCUGGUCAAAGACAGAAUUGGUUACUCAGCUGAAGAAGUUGAACAGUGCCAUUUCGAUUCAGAUUGAUUCUACAAUCAAAUACCAGAAAAAACCGGGCAAAUAUCACAUUGUCAAGACUGCGGUUAACCCCAAUGCACCUCUUCAUGGUGAUCUGUACAAAUCUGGUACUAUUAGUGUCCGUGCUGGUGCACCAGCAUCUUCUACCUCACAUCCUAGACCAAAGAAUAAGUCGUCUAUCGGAAGUUCAAGUUACACACCAAGAAGUACUUAUAAACCUGCAGCAACACCAGCAGUUUCCAGACCUGCGGCAGCCACCACUACAUUGCCAACUGCUAGAAAGGCACCACCACCAGCUCCUGUUAUGAGACAACAACAGCCAACACCACAGCCGGCUCACACACAAGCAUCUGCUGCGUCAACUGCGAUCGCUGCUGCUUCGAGUGCUUAUCACCCUGGUGGUCAACCAGCAGCUCCACAGUCUAGAAAGGCUCCACCAUCAAGACCGCAGAAGAAAGCCGUUCCACAACCACCAAAGCCACAACCACAGGUUCAACAACCAGCAGCUGCUGUUCAACAGAGUAGACAAGCUCCACCGGCACCUCCACCACCACCAGCUGCGGUUGAUAAGCCUGAAUUCCCAACGUAUAAAGCCGCCUAUGACUUUGUUGGGACAGGUAGUGCUAGUGAAUUACCAAUCUCCAAGGACCAAGUUGUUUAUAUUUUGAAAAAGGAGAACAACGGAUGGUGGCUAGCUAAACUGCUUGAUGGCUCCAAAGAAGGAUGGGUCCCAGGUGCUUAUGUCGUUGAAUGUGCACCUCCAAGUACUGGUGCUAAAGCUGCCCCACCAGCACCACCAGCACCACCUAUCCAGCAACAACAAGCCCAGGCCCAACCAGUGGCUCAACAACAGAGCCCAAUCUCCAAUGGUGUAUCCAAUGGUACAGUUGAUAACGCCACCACUGCCGCCACUACUGGAGGCCUAGCUGGAGGUUUAGCUGCGGCGUUGAUGGCUAAGAAACAGGAGGAGAGUAGCUUAGCUGGGGGUUUAGCUGAAGCCCUCAAGGCUCGUGCUGGCAGAAUGGGACUUGAUAGCGAUGAAGAGGAACAAGAUGAUGAUGAUGACGACUGGUGAUUGUUGAUCCAUAUAUACGUCUUCGUAUAUAUUCGUGCGUGUGUACAAUAGAAGAAACAACGUUGUAUGAUAAUACAUUAAUAAAUAGAUGGUUAGAUAAAUAACGGA